UCAUUAUCCCGACGGGGGGGCGCAAUUCGGCGCGCCUGGAUCGCCACCGGGGAUCGAAACGCCCGCGUUCAGUCUCCGUCGCCGAAACGAAAACCCUUACUCACCUUUUCUCGAAAUUUCAUCUCUUCAGUUCAUCUCGAUUCUCUCUCUCUCUCUCUCUCUCUCUCUCUCUCUCUACAGACCCUCGAAAAACCUCGAUCCCAUCUCGAUCCUGAUCGGCGGCCGAAUCGGUAGGACGAUCGAUCCCCCCGCCGACAGACAUGCCGAAGAAGAUGGGCGUCAACAGCAAGGCCGAGGAGGCCAGGGCGCGGAAGUCCGCCACGGAGAGCGAGCGCAAGGCCCGGGAGGACCGCGACAAGGAGGAGCAGUACUGGCGCGAGGCCGAGGGCCCGAAGUCGCGCUCCUCCAAGAAGCGCGAGGAGGAGGCCGAGAAGCGGGCCGAGGCGCUCGCCCGCAAGGCCGAGGCGCGCCGGCUGGCCGAGCAGGAGGAGAAGGAGCUGGAGAAGGCGAUGCGGAAGCCCGACAAGAAGGCGAUCCGCGUGUCGGUCCCCGUGCCGAAGGUGACGGAGGCGGAGCUGCGGCGCAGGAGGGAGGAGGAGCAGGCGGAGCUGGCGAGGAAGGCGGAGGAGGGGAAGCGGAAGCAGACCAGGACCGCGGCGGAGGAGGAGUACGAGAGGAUGGUGCUCGUGAGCAACACGAAUCGGGACGAUUCGAUCAUCGAAGCGAGUACAGUGGAGGAGGCGUUAGCGCAGAUGACGGUCGCCGAUAGCUUGCCUGUUGAUAGGCAUCCCGAGAGGAGGCUCAAGGCUUCUUUCAAGGCUUUUGAAGAAGCUGAGCUCCCGAAACUGAAGGAAGAGAAACCAGGUCUAACUCACAAUCAGUACAAAGACAUGAUAUGGAAGCUCUGGAAGAAAUCUCCUGAUAAUCCUCUUAAUCAGACUGCUGAGUGAUUGCCACUGAAUUAGACACAGUCUUGACGAGAUUACACUGAAAUCCACUAGACGAAUGUUUAAUUUUGGUUUUUUUUAUAAAAAGAUGGCUCAUAUGUGACUUUCUGUGUGCAGACUGCUGAGUGAUUGCCGCUUAUAUUCAGCUUUUGAUUGUAAUGGGUUCUUAUAAACCUAUUGCUAUCGACCGUUGCUUCCCGAUGUAUAAUGGGGCUUUGAGUGGAUGAAUCGGGCUCCCCAGGAGUGGGCACAGUUGUAUUUGAAACAAUGUCUAUUCUCUAUCCUCCAUGAGCUCGUUGUUCGCGGCAUCUAUUGACGUGAUUUAGUAUUCUGCAUGCUGUGUUUCUUCCUUUUCACCUCCCUGGCCUGUAAACGAGUGCAUACUGUAUAUGCAAGAGAUAUCGCACUGGUUAAAUUGCGAGUUGGGUACCCUCUUAUUGUUGGAACAAAUGGCAAAUGGUAUUUAUUCUCAUAGUCAUUGCUGUGUAUCGUACGGGAUACUUCCCCUU